UUGAUCACAGAUCACUCGUCUGUCUCUCUUAGGCUACGGUCUCCGGUGUCUUGUUUUGAGAGCAGACUGGAGUACGUGUUUAAAUAGUUUAUUCGUCAUUCCUGAGGGUUUGUUUAAGUUUUAAACAAGUAUAUUCCAUUAGAUUCAAAAUGGGUGAAGCUCAAAUGCCAAAACCAGUUAGGUUUGCUAUUGGAGGUUUGUCAGGAAUGGCUGCCACAUUGUUUGUCCAACCUAUGGAUCUUAUUAAGAACAGAAUGCAGUUGAGCGGUGAAGGUGGCAAAGCCAAAGAACACAGGAACACUUUGCACGCAAUUAGAUCCAUCAUGAUGAAAGAGGGUAUCUCUGGCAUGUAUUCUGGUUUAUCUGCAGGCCUUCUGAGACAGGCAACCUAUACAACAACUAGGCUGGGAAUUUACACAUGGCUGUUUGACACCAUGAGUGGUCCUGAUGGAAAACCACCAGGUUUUGCAACAAAAGCUGUGCUUGGAAUGGCUGCUGGAGUUGUAGGAGCAUUUGUGGGAACCCCAGCUGAGGUUGCCCUUAUUCGUAUGACAGCAGAUGGAAGACUGCCAGAGGCAGACAGAAGGAAUUACAAGCACGUCGGUGACGCGUUGGUUCGGAUGGUCAGGGAGGAAGGAUUGGUCACUCUCUGGAGAGGAGCGAUCCCAACGAUGGCUCGGGCAAUGGUGGUAAAUGCCGCCCAACUUGCUUCCUAUUCUCAAGCUAAACAAUCUCUCAUGUCAACUGGUUAUUUUAGUGAAAACGUGAUUCUUCACUUCUGGGCUUCCAUGAUCAGCGGCCUAGUUACGACAGCCGCUUCUAUGCCUGUCGACAUUGCAAAAACUAGGCUGCAAAAUAUGAGGUUCAUUGACGGCAAGCCAGAAUACAAGGGCGCAGUCGAUGUACUGGGUCGCGUCGUACGCAACGAAGGAAUCCUAGCUUUGUGGAAGGGAUUCACGCCAUACUACGCACGCAUCGGACCGCACACAGUUCUCACCUUUAUUUUCCUCGAACAGAUGAAUACGUUUUACAAGCGAAAUAUUCUCGGUCUCAAGGACGCCAAAGGAGGUGGCAUUUAAAUUGUCUUGUCAAUAGAGAAAAGCUUUGGUAGAAAAUCAUCAAGCCUGAUAUUUAGUCUGCAAUCCAUGUUGUCGACACGUUAAAUUGGUGACUGUGAAUGUAAUUUAGGUGGAUUUUGUUAUCAAAUAAAAAGGUAUAAAACACAAA